AUGUUUACGGGAAUCGUAGAAGUCGUCGGGAUCGCCACGGUUUUGCUGACCUCCAAAGCCGUGUCCAAGCUCGAGGAGCUGGACAAAACCUCCAGCGGCGGCAGCGGCACCUCGCUGACUAUCUCCAAUGCCGAGGAGAUCCUAGGCGACUGCCAUCUCGGCGACAGCAUCUCCAUCAACGGCACAUGCCUCACCGUCACGGAAUUCGACAAGUCUAGCUUCAAGGUCGGCGUCGCCCCCGAGACCCUCCGCCGCACCAACCUCGGCGAUCUAAAAGCUAACUCCGGCGUCAACCUCGAGCGCGCUGUCUCCGCGCACACGCGGAUGGGCGGGCACUUCGUCCAAGGGCACGUCGACACGGUCGCCACGAUCCUCUCCGUGACGCCUGACGGCAACGCGCUGACCUUCCGCCUCCAGCCGCGCGACCCCUCGGUGCUGCGCUACAUCGUGGAGAAAGGGUUCAUCACGCUGGAUGGGGCGAGCUUGACGGUGACCAAGGUGGAGGAUGGGUUAGAGGGGUGGUGGGAGGUGAUGUUGAUCGCGUAUACGCAGGAGAAGGUGGUGAUGGGAAAGAAGGGGGUGGGGGAGGGGGUCAAUGUGGAGGUGGAUAUGGUGGGGAAGUAUGUUGAGAAGAGCGUGGGGGCGUAUUUUGAGGGUGUGGGGGUUGGGGGGGAGGCAGCGGUGUUGGAGAAAAUGGUGGGGAGGAUUGUGGAGGCGAGGUUGGCGGGGAGCAUAGCGCAUAACAGAAACACGUAUCAACCCAGAGAUCAAUGUUUCUACCUCUGUCCCUCGUCAUCCCUCCUUCAUGACUCCUCGAUACCCUCGAAACUGACGAUCUCAACAGUCCUUCUCGACUCCUCCUCCCGCUUGUGUGGGAUCUGCGUGGUAUUCUUCCACUGGGGUACUGGGGUUUCCAAUACCGGUAACGGUGGUAAGGAGGACGUAGAGGUGGGGAUCUCGACGAUCGUUGUGAAUGUCGACGCCUGUCUCCAGUGCUCGUCGUCCAACGCGGGUGUGGGGGUCGCUGAUGGGGUUGCCGACGAACUCGAUGUUGAUGAAACCGGUGACGACGGACCCGGCGAUGAUGAAUCCGGUAGCGAUGCAGCUGGCGUCGGCAGGCUCGAUGUGCCCCAGUUCUUCACCUCGUAG